UUCGAGCUUCAUUUCGACAUCCCCAAUCCCUCCUCUGUAGAGAGAGAGAGAGAGAGAGAGCGUUCAUCCCCCGGCGAGCCGCAGGUCACAUUGAACAAGUCAGUGGAAUUCGACGUCUCCAGCAGGUCCAAUGGAUCUUGAGACAGAGAACCGAAUUGCUGUGAUACUUAUGAAACAGGCAGAAGAGUUGCGGGCACAAGCCGAAAAGGAUGGUGUGCAUGUCUAUCUACGUCAACCCCAAGUUAGGGGUCGGCCAAAUUCACGUUUCCUUACAGCAACUGUUCGUGGGGUGCAGCAAGCAAAUCGAGCUGCAGAAAUGAAUGAAAUGUGGAGAGUCCGGCAGAAAGAACUGCAACUGGAUGAUAGGCUGAAAGAGAGAUCAAGAGAUAAGGGCACAAAUAGGAGACAUCAGGACCAGGACGACACCACUGGAAAUAGGACAUGCAGGGAAACUGUAAGAGGUGCUGCUGAUGUAUCGACAUCAAGCAAAAGAGGUUUUGGAGAUUGCGACUCAAGUGAAGAAGGUGGUCUGCGGGAUGAAGAGGUUGAAGAAUUUCUACACUCGAGGGUGAAGCGUGGCAGAGGUGCUGUAGGGUCAAGGAUGGAUGAAACGGGCCCGUAUCUUCCACCUUCAUCUCUGGACUCAAAGGACAAGCUUUUGGUGAGACCUGAUGUCAGGGUGAAGGAAGAAUGGGAACAGCGCGUUCUGGGUCCAGAGAAGCCUCCUUCACUGAAGUCUCGUAACUCCUCCGAGGAUGAGAUUGAUAGGAACAGCUCAAAGGUGAAGAAGGUUGAUCUGGUGAGCAGCUCAAAAAAGUGGCAUUCCAAGCAAAGAACAGAGGAGACUGAGGUUAGGAGGAAAAAGAAGGAUAAGAAAGAGAAGAAAUUGAAACAUCGCCACAGGAGUUAAACAAGGCAGAAAAAAUUUCAGGUCCUUUUAACACUUCAGACCUAUGUAAUUAUCUUUCAAUUGUUAUUCAUGAUAUUUAAGGAAAAGUUAUGAGUUUCUGGAUGGCCCACCGAUGAAGGGCUUUGAGUACUGCUCAAAUUUUUGUCAAGUGGCAAUUCAGAGGUUUCAAAUUUGUGAGCAGGUAUAUAACGCAAGUCAAAUCAUGGUUCUAAGUUAUCCAAAA